AUGGAAAACGGUGGUGGAGUAAAUCAAAACAACAAGAUCAGUGCGGACGAUGUAAUUUCGAAGCUCAAGGACGACGGCGAUUUCGAUCGGCUCCGUCUCAAGAUCAUCCGCAAGCUCAAAGAAAACGAGGAGAUAAGGAAUAGCAUUGUAUCAAUGGUGAAGCAAUCAGCGGCACUUAAUCGUCCAGGAUCUGAAACUAUGAAGCCCCGGCAACUUUCUGAUGCCAUACAUGAAGAAGUUAGGGACAAAGUAAUGAGCCAAAUUUCUGAUGGUGUGUGGGAUAUAAUCAGAUCGGCUGAUGGCAUGAAAAGUGAAAUUACAGAAACAGUACAUUCAGUUUACAGUAAGUUAUUAAAUCCGAAAAUAAAUGAAGAUGGUGGAUCAUCAUCUCACAAUGACAUGAUGCCGGUUCAAAAGGGCCUUCACACUAAUCAAUUUGUCACGGCUUCGACCAGUGGAAUUGAUGGUACCUUGUCUGAUAGUGAGCCGAAAGAGCCACCAGGUUUCUCUGAAGGUGAUCGUUUUCAGAACAACAACCAGCAUGAGGAGCAACCAAAAGCGGAGAUGUGGCUACCUAUACAGGAUGGGAUGCCAGCAGAGGAACAGAAGGAAGAGCAUUGCCCAUCACAAGAUGUGUUGGAGCCUGAUGGUAUUGAUCUCGGUGCACCACCUGGAUUUUCUGCAGUCAUGGAGCUCAAAAAGCCAUGUGAUGGUAGUGACGAAGACCCCGAUGUGCCUCCAGGAUUUGGUUAA